AUGCGCACCGUGUUCCUCAGUAUAUGGAGCUUCAAACAAGCCGGGAUGUCCCGCAUCCGAGUGAUGAGUGACAAUGUUUCGUCCAAAGGACAUAGCGAGACAGAUCGUGAACUUGAGGAGUCACAGAGUGACCACGAGGCACAGAGUGACCACAGUGACAGUGGGGAUGACGAACUUGAUGACAGAAUACUGAGGGAGGAGCUGGAUCGCAAGUAUGUCCAGCAGGACCGUCUGGGUGAAGGAGGAUACGGCUCAGUGUACGCCGGCUACCGCAGAGACGACCUGCUACCUGUGGCUAUUAAACACAUCCCCAAAAACAAGGUGCAACACACCAUUGUGGUGAGCAUUGUGGAUGGAGAACAGAAAGAAUACCCACUGGAAGUGGUGCUGUUGUCAAUGGUGGGGGAAGGCGAGACCGUUACCGGACAGACACAAGGCGCUUCCGUAGCGCUGCUGGACUGGUGCGAGCUGCAGGACGAGCUGGUGAUGGUGAUGGAGCGGCCAGUGCCCUCCAAGGACCUGAUAGACUACGUCUAUGACAGUGGAGGUUACCUACUGGAAGAGGAAGCCAAGGUAAUCCUUAGACAGCUAGUGGAGGGUAUGAUCGAUGUCCACUCUAAAGAGGUCCUGCACCGAGACAUUAAGCCAGACAACAUUCUGGUACAGACGGACCCUGAGGCUCUGCAUGUGCGCAUUCUGGACUUUGGCUGUGGCGACUUCUUGCAGGAAGACCCCUACACCAGCUAUUACGGAACGCCUGAUUAUACUCCUCCUGAGUGGUUCCUGGACAGAUCCUACCAGGCUGAGCCAUGCACAGUGUGGCAGAUUGGAGUUGUGCUGUUCUUCAUGCUGACUGGACAGCUCCCCUUCUACACCUCCGAAGAAAUAAUUAGUGAGGAGCCCGACAUACAAUACCAACUCUCCCAAGAGUGUGAGGAUCUGUUGAGGAGCUGUUUGGACAAGCGGUCUCAAAGCAGACCCUCUCUCCAAGACAUACUGCAGCACCCCUGGCUACAGUGA